CAGGAGAGCGGGCCCGGGAUCUCGGUGCGCUCGCCGCUCGCGCUGUGCGCGCUCCCCCUUAAAGCGGCGAUGCGGCCGGAUCAGCGCGUCCAUCUGGGGCUCAGCCGCUGCCCGUUUAAGGCGGGGCCGGGCCUCACGGUGGAACGGCCAUGCUGCGGGCCCGGUGGGUGCUGCCGCUGGCGGUGGGCGCGGGGCUGGGGGCGGCCCUUGCCCGCUGGGAGCACCGGGAGCGGGGCGAUGCGGCCGAGGGGCUGCUGGCCCGCCUGCCCGUGCUGCCCGCCGUGGCAGCGGCCAGCCUGCCCGCGCCGCCGGGCUCGGGGCGCACCGAGCUGAGCAAGUACGGGCUGCCCGGGCUGGCGCAGCUGCGGAGCCGCGAGUCCUACGUGCUGUGCUACGACCCGCGGAGCCGCAGCGCGCUCUGGGUCAUCGAGCAGCUCAACCGGGACACGCUCAGCGGCGCUUCGGACCGCGCCGCCUGCGACUUCCAGGAGGACGACUCGGUGCACGAGUAUCACCGCGCCACCAACGCCGACUACCGCGGCAGCGGCUUCGACCGCGGGCACCUGGCCGCCGCCGCCAACCACAAGUGGAGCCAGAAGGCCAUGCGGGACACCUUCUACUUGAGCAACAUCGCCCCGCAGAAUCCUCAUCUAAAUCAGAAUGCCUGGAAUAACCUUGAGAAGUACUGCAGAAGCUUAGCAAGAAACAACAGGAAUGUCUAUGUCUGCACAGGACCCCUCUUCCUGCCCAGGAUGGAGGCUGAUGGGAAGAUGUAUGUGAAGUACCAGGUGAUUGGGAAGAACAACGUGGCUGUCCCCACCCAUUUCUUCAAGGUGCUCAUCUUGGAAAAGGAGAGCGGGGAGAUUGAGUUGCGCUCCUACGUGAUGCCCAACAGCCCUGUGGAUGAUAAAAUCCCCCUGGAACGGUUCCUGGUUCCCAUUGAGAGCAUUGAGCGAGCCUCAGGGCUCCUCUUUGUCCCAAACAUCCUCAGGAGAACAAGUAACUUGAAAGCCAUCACAGCUGGAAAGCACUGAACCCUGACCAGAACAAAUCCAGACACACAACAGGUCUCCAGAGUGGUCAAGCAGGAGGCUCAAGGGCACCACUGCUGCCUUGGAGUUGUGUGAGGCUUACUCAGGCACAAAGGGAAGUCACUAACUGUUGCUGUUUAGCAGGGAAGGAAGGGAGCAAGGUGGGUGCCAAGGGAGGAGAGAAGUUCCUGCCUUCCUGUGGCCAAAGAACUGUAUCAUUGUUUUUUUUCAGAAGAUGGUUUUAGCAGUAAAGCUUUGAACACCCA